AUGCUCUCAUGCACAUUGGCAAGGAUUGUCCUGUUUGGAGCAUCACGUGGUCUGCUUGAAAGCAAUGCAACUUUGAUCAAGGCGCAAUCGCAAUGUGAAUCAGCGCAGCGAGGCGGACUCUCAAGGUGUUGGGCCAAUUUCCAUACAAAGUCUUUGGCAGAGGCUGCAAGGAGGCCUAAGGACGUAGAGGUUUUGGAUCUGAAUGCAAGCCCUGAGCUGUUGUGCCACAACCUUCUCUGUGAGAAGGUCGGGGAUCCCUGCAUAUGCCGGAUCUCUGUUGUCUUGGAAAAGUUGACCAAACUUAGGAGUUUGAACCUGGCGAACAAUAGGUUGGUGUCCUUACCUCCAAGUAUCUGGGACCUUGAGACCUUGGAAGAACUGGAUCUAAGCGGCAAUCUUCUGGAGGGAGUGCCAGAGGACAUUCGGAAGCUCUCAAAGCUCAGGCGCCUCAAUUUGGACAGAAACCCAUUACCCGAAGGCAGCCUCCCUACCGGUCUGCCUGGCAACAAGCCUGUCUUUGAGCGCCACUGA